AUGUCCACUUCAGAAUAUUAUGACAUUAUUAUCAUUGGUGCGGGCAUUACUGGGAUCAAUGCGGCGUAUCGUGUCCAAGCAUCCCUCCCAGAUCUUACAUACCUCGUACUCGAAGGGCGUAAUUCUUGCGGCGGCACUUGGGAUCUCUUUCGCUACCCCGGCGUACGACUUGACUCUGACAUCCACACAUUCGGGUUUGCAUGGCAUCCCUAUCAAGGCGAUGAGACUAUGCUCUGUGGCAAGAAUCUUCUCAAGUAUAUAGAGGAAACAGCGACGCAAUUUGGCAUUACCGACCGCAUCCGCUGUAACCACCGAGUUACGAAGGCAGCUUGGUGUUCAGCAAAGAGUAUUUGGAAUAUUAACGUCGUUACCGGUGAAAUGGAGCGUCGCUUCCACGCCAAGUUCAUUCUCUUCGCCACUGGAUAUUUUGAUCACAACACUCCACUACCAACCGAGAUCCCUGGACUCGCCAACUAUAAGGGAGUUGUGGUGCAUCCCCAAUUCUGGCCGGAGAAGAUUGACUACUCUGGAAAAAGAAUGGUCGUCAUAGGGAGUGGCGCAACGGCAAUCUCGCUCAUCCCUAAAGUCGCCCAAACGGCCGCUAGCGUGACAAUGGUUCAAAGGAGCCCCAACUACAUCCUCUCUAUCCCGUCUAGCGGUGAAACCUCCGUCGUGAUCCGUAUGCUACCAGACUCGAUAUCUUACAUGCUAAAGCGAGUAGGGUGGCUUGCAGUGACAUUGGUGGGGUAUUAUCUCUGUCGCAAAUUUCCUCGCGCAGCGAGAGAUUAUCUUGUGCGGCUCGCCAGCCAACAGCUACCAGAUCACAUUCCCCCCAAUCCUCACUUUGAGCCUAAAUACCGCAUCUGGGACCAACGUCUAUUGGCCUGUCCGGAUGGAGACUUUUUCUGCAGUCUGCACAGCGGUCGAGUGAACGUCGAGACGGGGAGCAUUGAUACAUGUACACCGGAUGGGAUUAAGCUUGACAAUGGUUCGCACAUCCCAGCCGAUGUUAUUGUCACCGCAACAGGACUGAAACUCCAGAUUGGUGGGGGUGUUGUCCUGGAAGUGGAUGGAAAUCGAUGUAAUAUCCCGGAGAAACUAGUUUGGAACGGCAUGAUGCUACAGGAUGUACCCAACGCAUUCUUCGCGCUCGGAUACCUCACAACGGCGUCAUGGACAAUGGGAACGGACCUAACGGCCUUGUUUGCAUGCCGAUCGAUCACCCACCUGCGAACAAACCAGUUCGCCAAAGUUACUCCUCGUUGUAAUCAACCCAGAGAACCAGGGCCGCUGAGUCCUAUCUGGGAUUUGAACUCGACCUACAUGGUCGCCGGCCAGAAGGAAAUGCCUUUGGCAGGGAGUUGUGGGCUGUGGAAGCCUCGUCGGAAUUAUGUUGUAGAUUAUUUACAAUCUCAAUAUGGGCCCUUUGGAAAUAGUCUCGAGUGGUCAAGAGUGACCUAA